UUGGUUCUGAUACUCUUCAUAGUCAUUUUUUAAAUUAUUAAAAUUUUCAAAUUUUUAAAUUAGAAGUUUGAUUUGUUUUCUAAUAUAAGAGCGCUCACCUCAACCCGACUCUAACCCGAUUUGAACCCUCGGUGGAAACUUAACUUUCUGAAGUUAGUCGCGCUGCGCGAAUUAGAAAUGAUCUCUUGUUGAACGAAAUAAUAAAUACUUGCCCACACAAAUGAAUGAUAUGCAUGAAGUAACGGGGGCCUGUAUUAAAGAACAAAUGGAGAAGUAUUAAUAGGAGAACCGCAAUGUUGACAUUAGCGUUAUUUCACGUUUGUUUCUUUAACGUGAACCUUUAAAUGGGAAUGGCGUUGGUGUGAUUUUAUUAGCUGUUGUUACGUACUUUAUGUAACCGGAUAGUUUAUAAAGAAUGUAUCUAAAAUAGCAUAUAUUUAUUAAACCUUUUGUUAUGACAGUUGUGAUUUAUAUCUAAUGAUCAUUAACCGUGAUUGUCAAAAAUUUGGAAGCAGGAUAUGUCACUGUUAGGUUAUUGAUCAAUAAUGAUAAUAAAAGCUCAGCGAUUAUGUUUUGGACUAAAGUUUUUAAUUAUACUUUACAGGCAUUUGUUAUACAACCACAAAAUGGGAUUGUUGGUUUAAAAUUUAAACAUGAAUGAUAAUCUAUAAUAAUUACAAUGGGGGGAAGCAUAUAUGAGAUACUUCCAGUGUAUCAUCAAAAUGGAAGUACAAGAGAAAUUUGUCACUGGAUAACGCAUAUCAAGUUAUCUAGGAUUAUAAUGUUAACAUCUGUCCUUUUAUUCAUUGUGCCAUUAUUUACACAUUAUUAUUUAUCAAAGGUGGAGUCUGAGUCUCCAGAUAAAGAUAUUUACCGUACAUUUUCUACAUUGGAAGCUUUUGAAGAUUUUACUCCCAUGAAAGCUUCUCAGCUGAAAAUGAGAAUAGAGGAAAUGUUACGUAUUAAAGUUUCUGUAAAUAAUGAGCUUAGAGAUUUAAGCGCAAAAAGACAAAGACUUCAAAUUGAAGUUAGCAGCCUAACUCAAAAGAUUGAUGAACUAAAGCAGGAGCUGUUACAUCAACAAACAGAUCUUGAUAGAUUAAAAAUUAGUGUUGAGCAAGCGCAAGUAGCUCAAAGAGAAGCAGUAGAAAGAAAUACACCAGAAUUGGCACCACCCAAGCGCAUACUAAUAAAUUCUGUUCCUGUAGUAUUACCAACUACUGUACCACAUUCGUGUAGAAUGUACAAUUGUUUUGAUCACAGCCGUUGUGCAUUAACAAGUGGUUUUCCAGUAUAUUUAUAUGACCCUGAUCAGUAUUCGGUAGUAAAUCCUGGUUGGGAUGUGGAUGGAUUUUUGAAAACUACUAUUAAACAAACUCUAGGAUACAAUCCCCAUUUAACUACUAAUGCUGCUGAAGCUUGUAUAUACAUAGUACUAAUAGGAGAAGUUCUUUCCACUCAACAAAAAAGUGAUAGAACAUACAGAAAAGCUAUAGAUGUAAAGAAAUUACAUGCACUUCCUUAUUGGGGCGGAGAUGGCAGAAAUCAUAUUUUACUAAAUCUAGCACGUAGAGAUCUAUCUGUAGAAUCUGGAAAUAUUUUCAAUGAAAUAGAUACGGGAAGAGCCAUAAUAGUACAAUCAACAUUUUACAGAAAUCAAUUCCGUGAAGGUUUUGAUCUGGUUGUUCCUCCAAUUUUGGGACCUCCUGGUGGAGAUGUGUGGCAAGAAUGUGCUCAAAUGUUACCUGCGAGAAGAAAAUAUUUAUUAUCUUUUCAAGGAGAGAUGAUAUCUCCGAGAGUCACGACCAUGACGCAUCAAACUGAUGACACAGAUAUAGAGUUAGAAAGAAUAGCAGUCGAUGAAAAUAAUUUGGAUACUUUUAUUAUUCAGCACCUUAAAGAUAUGAGUACUGGAUUAACUAUGGAUAAAUUUUUUAUUCAGUUUGAAUGUAUCCCGGCUUCUGAGGAAAAGAACAUAGUAGGAAUUCUUGAUUGGUCUUUAUGUGGAACUGACUCUUCAAGAAAAGCUAUAUUAAAGGAAUCAACAUUUGCUUUAAUUUUGGCACCUAGCAAUGCUUCAUUCGUAACUACCUCGUCUAUGCAAGCGAGAUUAUACGAAGCCUUACGGUCGGGAUCUAUUCCAGUUUUCUUAGGCGGUGAUCAAAUUCUAUUAAGCUACAGCGAAGUUAUUAGUUGGCGCAGAGCAGCAAUCUUUCUACCAAAGGCCAGAGUAACUGAAAUGCACUUUUUACUGCGUGCCGUUCCUGAUACUGAUCUGUUGAGUAUGCGAAGACAGGGCAGAUUAAUAUGGGAACGUUAUUUAAGCACUGCACAGGGUGCGGUAGAUACUAUUGUCGCUGUAAUUAGAGAUCGACUUGGUAUACCGCCUCUUCCAGCACCUCAAACUGCUAGUCCAAGUAUCUUUAAUGAAAGCUUUGUGCCUUUAAAAUCUGAUACAAUUAUUGCCGAGCCAGAAGCUGAAGAAAGUUUGGGGCCUCUGGAACCUCCUUAUCCGUCUCCUGCUUUUAAAAGAAACUAUACUACAAUGUUGCUUCAGGGACAUGAAAUUUGGAACGAUUGGGUGGACCCAUUUUAUCUGUAUCCGCAAUUACCUUUUGACACAGUGUUGCCUAGCGACGCAAAAUUUCUUGGAUCCGAGGUCGGAUUUAGACCCAUCGGAAAAGGUGCUGGAGGCGCGGGCAAAGAGUUUAGCGAAGCUUUAGGAGGCAACUAUCCUAGAGAACAGUUCACAAUCGUAAUGUUGACAUACGAACGGGAACAGGUUCUUAUAAACUCUUUAGCUCGAUUUUACGGACUGCCAUAUUUGAACAAAGUUCUGGUAGUGUGGAACAGCCCAAAGCCGCCGAUGGAAGACUUGAAGUGGCCAGAUAUUGGAGUUCCAAUUCAUGUAAUCAAAGCACCAAGGAAUAGUUUAAACAAUAGGUUUCUUCCAUUUGAUGCUAUCGAAACGGAAGCUGUUCUUUCAGUUGAUGAUGAUGCUCAUUUGAGACAUGACGAAAUUAUGUUUGGAUUUAGAGUAUGGAGAGAACAUCGAGAUCGUGUAGUUGGAUUUCCGGGUCGUUUUCACGCAUGGGACCAGAAUUAUCACAAUGCUUGGAAUUAUAAUUCUAAUUAUUCCUGCGAGUUGUCGAUGGUUUUGACUGGCGCUGCGUUCAUCCAUAAACAUUACACAUAUCUUUAUACACAUUGGUUGCCGCAAGCUAUACGGGACAAGGUUGAUGAAUAUAUGAAUUGUGAAGAUAUUGCUAUGAAUUUCUUGAUAUCUCAUUUAACAAGAAAACCACCUGUUAAGGUGACAUCACGAUGGACAUUCAGAUGUCCUGGUUGUCCAAUUUCCCUUUCAGAAGAUGAUACUCAUUUCCAAGAAAGGCACAAAUGUAUUAAUUUCUUUGUUCAGGUUUUUGGAUAUAUGCCUCUCUUAAAUACACAGUAUCGAGCUGAUUCGAUAUUGUUCAAAACAAGGAUCCCACACGAUAAGCAGAAAUGUUUUAAAUUUAUAUGAAACGAAAAAGAUAGUAGGUAUACAUACACCCAGUAAACAUCACUUGAUAGAAUUUACACGGUUUUGAUAAGAUUUUGACUGAAUCGAUAAACGUUUCCUAUAAAGUAUAUCAUCACGUGAAAUAAACGUUAUAGAAUUUUUAUUGUCCUCUCUUUUUUUAUUGUACUUUCUUUUUCUAUUGAUGUACAUGUUGCUUGUAUGAUAUGCACAUUUGAAGAAAUUUAAUAACAAAAAAAAAAGAUAAAUCGAUGACUGUAUACAUAUUAUAUCAUAAUGAAUAUAGGACACAAUGCAAUGUCUUUUUAUGUCAAUGUACGCAUAACUUAUAUCAUAUCGAUUUUACCAAUUUAUAGUGGAAGCAUAAUAAAUUUAUGUACAUAAUGAUUGUUACGAACGUGUAUAAUUUAUGUACAAUAAGAAAAUAGCAAAAAUAUAAAAUAUCGAUGAUGUAUACGGUACACCAUAUGUACAUAUUAAGAAUCCAAAAAGUGGAUGACAAUGUAUCGAUUUCAAUUUAUUUAUAAUUUGACCAACAUGGCUUUCAACGAUUAUUGUUGCACAUGAUUUGCACGAUAAUCUCGAUUGUAAAUAUAUUGUUUAUCAGAAUAAUGUAAAUACACUAAUUAAGCAAAGCUAAUUAAAUUUUAAUACGUGUUAGGACAUAGCUGGUGAGCGGGUACAGCGUAUGUAAAUCAAAAUUUAAAACAACGUUCAUUUAAUAUUGGAAAGUCAAUGAAAAUUGCAUACCACAACGUGUGUAACGAUUUAUCUGAAUCUUUUUAUUUUUAUGGUACCUUAACUGUAUUUUAAUUAUCACGUGUUAUAACAGUGAUGGACAUUUACGCUUGCAAGAAAUCUUCCGGCUAAUUUUUCAAUCUGAAAGUAUAUUUUUAUAUUUCGUAUCUCCAAAAUUUCAAAAUUUAAAAUCCCCAUGACAAACACUUAAUUUGUCCAUCAUUGUAUCAUGCCAUUAUAAUGUGCCAAAUUUCCAAUGAUUAUGUACGCUUUAAUUUAGCCUACUUUCGCUGCUUCAGGUAAUAGUUUUCAAACACAUAAUACUCUUAACUGUUUGUAAAUACACGUAUCGCACAUCGUUCGAACUUGUGUUAUUUAAUGCAAAUGCGUGCAAUUAUUUAAAUGGUAUAAGUGCAACUCGAAUGAGUAUCGCUAAAUGUAAAAACCAUUUUGUAAAUUAAGUUUUAUAUCGUGUCCUACCUGAGUUGAAUUCAGGUAUGUCUGCAAGAAAAUAAAUAUAUAUUAUUUAUGAUUGUA